GAGCGAGCAGCUGAUAUUUCUUAACUUCACUUCACUUAAACAUUUUUAUUACGCUGGAAAAGAUACAAACACACAGGUAAGACGCGUUUACUCAUCAUGAAGUUCGUCAGAAGGAGGCACGGUGAGGAGCUCGUCUGAUGGAUGAGGAUGAGGAUGAUGUGCACAGGAAGGGUCUACGGCCCUGGCCUUCCUCCCAGGUUCAGUUAAAGCAGACAGAGACAGCCGGGAGACCCCCUGCAUCACCCAGCGUAAUGCUGCCCUGCCCAGUGCAUGUGGAGCACACACGCUUCUUCUACGGUAGCGCAGGAUUGUUGCUGCUGGCGCCGCCGAGCCGCUCUCGGCCUCCAGACGUGGUGCUCUGGCAGAACCUGCGGAUGAUGGAGCCGGCGGCGCGGCCCGAGCGGAGCAUGGAGACCCUCAUCGGACAGAAGCUCCAGCUGAUCGGAGAUCAGUUCUAUCAGGAGCACAUGAUGCAUCACAGAAACCAAAGGAUCCAGGAGCCGCUGUGGAGGCGUGUGGCGAUGGCGGUCCACACGAUGGUUUUCGGCAGGUGAAACACCUCUCAAACACAACCUGCCAUCCGUGUCCCAGUCCUCUUCACGGAGUGGGACGUUUAACAGCACUGUCUGCAAUCUAACACGGAUUUUGAGAGGAAAAUCUGAGACUGAAACGAAGACGUCUCCGCAGGACGGGGACUGCUCUAACGUCUGUUUUCCAUGAAGAUGCCAUGAUGUUCUUGAGGAAUAUUUUCAUAAACAUGUCGAGGUAUUUUGUACAGGAUGCUGUUGAAUUUUCUUUGCACUUCCAUACGUGUAUAUAUACGACUGACCUCCACGAGUCUUGGGAACGCCUUACUGUCCCACGCCACCCAUCUACGGAUGAUAACGACGGGAUUUCUCCUUCAGAAAGCUUCCGAGACGUCCAGCAACUUGACAAAUCUCCAAAGAGGCCGUUUUUCUGAGAACAAAGCUUUUUGCACCUCCAGUUUUUUCUUGAUGUUUUAACUUUUUUAUUCCAUAAUUGUUGCAUUAUUUUAUCGUUCUUCUUAUUUUUUUUGGUUUAAAUGGUUGUUGGAUGAACAGGCGAGGAGGAUCUAGACAUCUUUGAUGAAGUCAAUGAUGAGUUGGUGUACUGCUGUUAUUGAGUUAUCUUUUUAUUUGAUUUCAUAUCAACAGAAAUAUUACUGGAUUGGCUGUGUCGUUUGCUCUGAUUUUGUUAAAUAGUGAUGUUUCUUAUUGUCUACGUAUGAUUUUGUGGAGGAAAACUGUUAUCCGGUUAUUAUUUUGUUAUAUUAUUCACCAAAUUUUGGAAAACAUGAGAAUAAAUGUUGCAACGAUGUUGACUUCAAGUCUCACUCAGGUACAGGACAGUUCCCCCAAAAAUGGUAAUUCUGUCAUCAUUUACUCAAGUUGGUCCAUGAUAAUGGAAGUCAAUGGGGACCAAAAAUUGUUUGGUUAACAAAAUUGCUCAAAAUAUUUUAUUUAAUGCUCAACAGUAGAAAAAAAUCAUCAUUAACUCACCCUUAAUUUGUUCCAAACCUGAAUGAGUUGCUGGUCCCCAUUGACUUCCAAAGUAAUUUUGUUCCAUUCAAUGUAAGUCAAUGGGGACCAACAACUGUUGGGUUUUAAGCAUUCUUCGAAAUCAUUAUUUAUACACCCAUAAGUUGUUCCAUGAUGGAACCCACUGACUUCUUCAGUAUGGAAAAUAUGCAAUGGAAGUCAAUGGCUACCGUCAACAGUUUGGUUACCAAAAUUCUUCAAAAUAACUUAUUUUGCGUUUAACAGAAUAAAGAA